GAAAUAUUAAUAGUUCUAUCUCCGCCAGGCUCUCCUGCAGCCAGAUAGCAAGACUCCCACAGAGUCUCAGCCUGUAAAGCGGGUUGGAUUUGAGGGAUUCUGAAAAGCGAUUACGUUAAAUAGUACACUUGACUUUGCAUUUUAAUAGGUUAUUUUCCUUUCCAGUUCUUGGGCUUGCGCGAGUUUUUAAGGACAGAUGGACUUAAAACCUGCCUGACCGUGGACCCCUCACCGGAACCCCUGCAGCGCUUAUUGCAGGAGUGACCAGGACACUACCUUCUAGAAGUAAUGCCCACAGAAAGCGGAAGUUGUUCAACUGCUCGCCAAGCGAAACAAAAGCGCAAAUCUCAUAGCCUUUCUAUACGAAGAACUAACAGCUCAGAACAAGAGAGGACUGGACUACCAAGAGAAAUGUUAGAAGGACAAGAUUCUAAACUGCCUUCCUCAGUUCGCAGUACACUGCUGGAACUGUUUGGACAGAUAGAAAGAGAAUUUGAAAAUCUUUACAUCGAAAACUUAGAAUUGCGCAGAGAAAUUGAUACUCUUAAUGAACGAUUAGCUGGUGAAGGGCAAGCAAUCGAUGGGGCAGAAUUGAGUAAGGGCCAGCUCAAAACAAAAGCCAGUCACAGUACCAGUCAGCUUUCUCAGAAGCUGAAGACCACCUACAAGGCUUCUACCAGCAAGAUUGUCUCCAGCUUUAAGACUACCACCUCAAGGGCCAUCUGCCAGCUUGUGAAGGAGUAUAUUGGCCACAGGGAUGGCAUCUGGGAUGUCAGUGUUGCAAGGACACAGCCUGUGGUUCUUGGGACAGCGUCUGCCGAUCACACAGCUUUGUUGUGGAGCAUAGAGACUGGCAAGUGUCUUGUCAAAUAUGCUGGCCAUGUGGGCUCAGUAAAUUCUAUAAAAUUUCAUCCCUCAGAGCAGUUGGCUCUUACUGCUUCUGGAGAUCAGACUGCUCAUAUUUGGAGAUAUGUGGUACAGCUUCCAACACCUCAGCCUGUUGCCGACACUAGUCAACAAAUGUCUGGUGAAGAUGAAAUGGAAUGCUCUGAUAAAGAUGAGGCUGACAUUGAUGGAGAUGUGCCCAGUGACUGCCCUGCUGCCCGAGUCCCCCUGGCGUCUCUCAAAAGCCAUCAGGGUGUGGUUAUUGCUGCUGACUGGCUGGUUGGUGGGAAGCAAGUGGUGACAGCCUCAUGGGACAGAACUGCCAACCUGUAUGAUGUGGAGACAUCUGAACUUGUUCAUUCUCUGACAGGGCAUGACCAGGAGUUAACACAUUGUUGCACUCACCCCACCCAGCGGCUCGUGGUGACCUCCUCCCGUGACACAACUUUCCGUCUCUGGGAUUUCAGGGACCCUUCCAUCCACUCCGUGAAUGUUUUCCAAGGACACACGGACACUGUGACCUCUGCUGUGUUCACUGUGGGAGACAACGUCGUUUCGGGCAGCGAUGACCGCACAGUAAAAGUCUGGGACUUAAAAAAUAUGAGAUCUCCAAUUGCGACAAUUCGUACAGACUCAGCCAUUAAUAGGAUCAAUGUAUGUGUUGGUCAAAAAAUCAUAGCCCUCCCCCAUGACAACCGGCAAGUGCGAUUGUUUGAUAUGUCAGGAGUGCGACUAGCACGCCUUCCCAGGAGCAGCCGGCAGGGUCACAGACGAAUGGUGUGCUGCUCAGCAUGGAGUGAAGACCACCCUAUCUGCAAUUUGUUUACAUGUGGCUUCGAUAGGCAAGCUAUUGGUUGGAACAUCAACAUUCCUGCAUUGUUACAAGAAAAAUAAGUCAUUGCUGUUCCUUAGCUCCAAGUUUGCCAUGGACCUUAGAUUCAUGCAGGCUUUUCUGCAUAUUAAUCAGCCAUUAUAGUGAGAGUUUGCCCCUGGGAAGGGUGCCUUGUAAAUGUUCUUUUCACAUUGUGCCCAGCUUGCAUGAAAUGUACAGAGAGAUGUGUGAUUCUGUUUUUUAUUUCUGUCUUGUGUAUAUUGGCAUCCUCUGGUCAAUAGAAGUGAAGCUCACUUCCGAUGUAGCAUACAAAAUGCUUUGAGUUCUUGACUUUGACAGAUGAGCAGUAGGGCAUUACAUUACAUUGUAUAAAUUAAAUGUGAACUGUAUCUGUUGUGAGGCAUAAUCAGUCUGUUACAUUGUCUGGAGUAACUAUACAUAUCUACCUUGUCCUGGGAAGACUGCAGAGCUCAUUUGCGUUGGCUAACGAGAGGCGGGACUGAAAAAUCUCAUACUUGGUUUGUGUGAAGUUGUAGCAUGUGCUGUUGUGUAAUUCCAUUUCAGCUCUUGACUUCUGUUCCAGUUCUGUAAAAGUAACCUGGAUUUACAAUGUGCAGAGUUUCUUUUGAGAAGAAGAUGUUUCUGCUGUUUUAUAGAAAACGAUUUCAAUCUCUUGAGGUCUCAUACAAGCAAAUUUUAAAAUACGAUGACUCUAAUCAUUGAUUCUAGACAUUAAACAAAAUUCAAAGCACUUUAAUUUCUAGCUGUGGUUAUAAACAGUUUUUAGAAGUUUAAAAUGAUUUAUCCAUUGAAUGUGACUUGACCUUUAUACGAAGGCCCUGCUACCUGAAGACAAAAUGUUAUUUAUUUUCUACACCUUUGGUUUGCAUAUUUCUAAAUGGGUUCACUUCUUUAGUGGUAUUUGAGAGCCAAGAAUGCAAAUAAAUGAGCACUACCUCAACAUAAAUAUUGAGAAAACUUUGGAGUCUCACUGUUGUGUGGAUAAAGCACUUGAUUUUAAAGCUGGAAUAUUGAAUUCAAGGUAGAAGGCAAGAAAGACAACCAUACCAAAUGUACCUUGAAGGUUAAAGGCUUUCUAGAUAGCCUGGGACAGUGAUAGCCAUGGCAGAUAGUCCAUAGGCAACAAGAAGCAUUAGUCUUGAAUAGCCUGGCUACCUCUCAGUGCCAGUCCUACUACUGCACGAGUGAGCCUUUCAUUCUUGCCUUCUAGAAAUCACUGUUCAUCUGAUACUUGUAAGUUUGUGUUUCUUAUAGAGUUACAGUUUUGAUAAAGAGACAUCUCAGUUACUGCCCUCAUAUAUAAAUCCUUUACCUACCAUCCUUUGGAGACUGACCACUUUGGGAGAAGAGAAGAGGUAAUAUGCUGUUAUGGUUACCUCACCUCCCACCCCUCCCCCAGCUCCCUGUUCUCUCUUUUGGGUGGCAGAGGAGGGCACCUGAACUAGUAAGUGGUAGGAAGUUUGGUGUAAGGUGUAUAUUGUCAUACACAGAACAUUUGGGUGCCCAUGGGUAGCACUUUCCAGGAGUAAGAACUUGGUUAUUGGCACCUUUGACUUACACACCAAAGGAGCUGAACCUAGGAACGUUAUAUCUGAGUCAUUUAGAGUGAUUCUUUGAGUAAUUUUGUUUUUUCAAAAAGAACAACAAAAAAGUUUGUAUUUUUAAAGUCUGACCGUUUUUUUAUCACAAGUCUCACCAUGGUGUAUUUGAGAGCUGAGUCGGGCUGGUAGCUGUAGUUGAUUAAAAUUUUAAGACCCAGCUCUGGCUGUCUUGAAUGUAUUUUGCUUGAAGGUGGAGUACUGUAUGAUGAUGUUUCUGGUGGCCUGCUUUACCUUGCAGCCACGGGGUUUCCAUGUCCCCUCCAUUCCACUCUCUUCACAGAGUUGUUAAUGUUAGUAACAAGCCAUGUUCUUAUGUUCCUUGCAUCUUACUCCACAAGUUUAGGUAGAGUUAGGAGCACUGAAAAAACAAAACAAACCAACCCCCAAAAAAACGUAUGCAAAUGCAAACAGCAAAGCUAAACAUAAGAUCUCUGCCAGACACAAUUUGGAGUUUUAAACAAUCUAUAUUUGUGGCCAUCAAAUUCUAUGCAGACUAGUGUCCUUCACUGCCAAUAGCUGCUUUAUUUCCUUUGGCUAACUGGAGGGACCAGCCUCUGACACAAAAAAAUGAGGUUCCUCAUUCAUUUCCACGAGGGCAGAAGACCCUAAUGGUGCUCGACCAGAGUGCUCAGGAGCAGGAAUGUGACUUACAGUAACUGCUGUGUCGUCUGUCCUCAUCCCAGUGCUGCUGUGGCCUCAGUGUUACCUUCCAGAGUUUAUGACCGGCACAGGCUUGAGCUCAGUGUGUAUGCAGGCUUGUGUGCAUGUGGCUAAGGAUAAGUUCUGCUAUCAGCCACAUGUGAUCUCAUUAGUGUUUGGAAAUAGGAACACUAUUAUGUGCUAGAGUGUCCAGAAUUUCAUUUAAUAAUGGAGGGGAAAUGUGUGGUUAGUAAAUGUGUAUUGAUACAAAAUUUCCCAAGAGAUUUCUUGUUGGACAGAAUUAUUCCCCCCACCCCACCAAUAUCUGUAGGGUCAAAAAAGCUUUGUACAUAUUUGGGAAUCUGAAGACCAUGUAAAUCAUUUGUUACUUAAAUCUGUGAAAAACAGUUUUUUUUUUUUUUUUUUGAGGGACAAGUGCAUUUAUAAGUGUUCUGUGGAAUCAGUUAUCUUUACUGUAUUGAUGUAAUUGUUUGUAAGUAUUCAGUGUCUUCAUUGAAAUAUGAAGUUCAUUAAAACAUCUGUGUUCUAUAA